CCUCCCCCUUCCACCUACACCGCCACCCACUCUCUUUGAAUGGGGGCGCUGAAGGCGUCUGCCGGCCUGCCUGUCAAGAGCCUUUGUUUCAAACUGAUCAGGCUUCUCUCCGGAGCACCCAAAGGUGGCCAGCCUCCUCUUUGCCCAUCACUCCCCCGGAACCGGAGAAUGAGGCGGCCGUCAUCGCUCACUCGCUGAAGUCGGGCUUACCGCAAAGUGCUGCAAAGUGCUUCUUCACGCCCGCUCGCUCCGUCGAGCUCGCGCUGCACCUGCAAAAAGCUUUUUCUUCCCUAUCCUGUCUCCUCUUCGCGCACAUUCCAGCGGUUUGCAUCGUCGCCUUGAGGUUUGAGAUGGCGCUUCUUGGACGUGCAGCUGGGCGACACGUCUUCUUAUUUUUGCUUCACUCUUUUGGCUUUGGGGCAUCCUCCUCCAUAGUUAACAUGCGGAGGAUCACACAUCCUACUGUACAGCAGCCACUGGCAGGUGAAGCCGUGCUCCCCUGUGUUUUUACCCUAGCGAGCAGCUCAUCCACUCAGAGUGUCCGCCUCCUGUGGACUCUGGACAGGCUUCCCGCUGGCGGGCGAGGCACCCCGCUGGAGCGUGUUGUGCUGACUGCUGAAGGUGACGUCAUUAAGGUGAAUAAGGCUUUCAGCGGCCGCGUCAGGCUGCCAGGAUAUGCUGCCAAUCCCCUCAACGCUACCAUGGAGAUCUCUGGCCUGCGCUCCAACGACUCGGGCACUUACCACUGUCAGGUUGUCAAGGGCAACGACUACGAGAGAGACGCCGUGCCCCUGGUGGUCUACGGUGUGGUGUUUCAUUAUCAAGCACCCAGCGCACGCUACGCCCUCUCCUUCGCAGACGCCCGGCGAGUCUGCCAAGAGAACUCGGCUCAGAUGGCCACGUCGGCCCAGAUGUGGGCCGCGUUCUACGACGGCUUCGCCAGCUGCGCGGCCGGCUGGCUAGACGAUCAGACUGUCCGCUAUUCUGUCCAAUCAACUGAGUUAGACUGCUCUGGACAUAAAGAGUACUCUGCUGGAGUGAGGAAUUAUGGGAAGAUGGACCCCAAAGAGUUGUUUGACGUCUACUGCUUUGCAAAAGAACUGGACGGCGAGGUGUUUCACACUUCAGUUCCUGGCAGAUUGUCGCUGUCUUCAGCAUCAGACCGCUGCGUGUCCCUAGGCGGCCAGCUGGCCAACGUGGGGCAGCUUUAUCUGGCCUGGAGGGCCGGCCUGGAUAGCUGCGCCCCUGGUUGGCUCUCUGACGGCAGCGUCCGCUACCCGGUCAGCCUCCCUCGCCCGGAUUGCGGCGGGAACAAGCCGGGAGUUCACACUGUCACGCCAAACAUGACGAGUGACGACGCAACGGCGCUGUAUGAUGCAUACUGCUAUAGAGGUAAGGUGGAGAACACAGACACCAUUUCUCAAAUCUACACUUCCCUGUGGAAGCCCUGGAGCUACCUCACUGACUCCAGUACAACAACUGCGGCAACAGAGAACCCACCAAGCAUUAAAGGAGAUCGUGACCAGUCUCCAUCCAACUGGACCGGAUUGGUGGACCUUGAAGAGGAAGAGACCCUUUUUAACAUCAAUGCUUCCUCAGACCCGUGGUCAUCAGAGUCCCCGCAGUCGUACGUCAGCCUUCAGAUAUUUCCGGGUCAAAGCAUCGACUGGGGAGAACCGCUUGAGCCCGACUCGCCGGAGUUUCUACGACCUCCUGUCGUUCCAACUCCUGCAGAGAAGAAGGUCAUCUCAGGGAUCGUCAAAUCCUUUUGGAAGCCUUGGAACUAUCUCGUCGGGACUGGAAGCGGAGGUGAGGAUACGUCCGAAACUCCCAAAGGGGCGAAAGCUGAAGAUGUGAAAAUGAAGAAGACGGAGGAUGAAGGGACUUUGGACACGACAGCAUCACCAGGCUCAAGUUUGGCGUCCACUAGUACCUCCAAGGACUCAACCUCUGCCAAAGCAGAAUCAUCCACUCAACCGACAUCUUCACAUGCAUCUAAUAAUUCCUUGACUACCAUUACAGCCAUCAGUGAGAAGACUUCAGAAAAAAGUCCGUCCAUCUCCACCGCCUCGACUCCUGAAACAACUUCAUCUAGCGUGGAACCGUGGGUUCGCGUCGAUACCGAGACCACAACUCAGCCCGACAAGAAGGACGUUACGAUAACGUCGCGAGCCGGUUCCAGAGGAGGAAGAGGCAGAGGGAAGAAAAACAGAGGAGAGGACCGAAGCAGAGGAGAAGACGAAGGAAGCGGUGAGAUUACCGGCGCGGAGGCUAAAGGGGAGAUUCAAGUCUCGCGACGUCCAGCCGGGACGAGCAAACCAAGAGAAAGGUCCAGGUCUAGGGAUCGUGGUCAUAGGAAAGGACAAAUCACGACAACUACAAGCGCCAGCCCUACCACCACUCCCGAGCCCACCGUGAUGUCAACAUCUCAGAUAACAGCGUCCAAACUCUUGUCCACCGUUUCAACUGAAGCCCAAUCGGCAUCUAUCCGAGCUGAAUUGGAGCACACGUCUUCAUCAUCAAGCUCAUCGUCCUUUUCAACCUCAAGCCAGUCUCCAGCUUCAUCUCCAACUCAGACUGUUAGAUCAGCAGGACCUCGGCUAUUUCCUCUCUCAGACAACCCGAAUAGCUCAGCUAACCCGAGAUCAUCGCUAGACUGGGUUCCAGUUGAGACUGUGGCGGUUCUGAACGUCACUCUGGGUUCUCCUCUAGAGGAAGAAGAGCCUGCCUGGUCCCAGACUGUUGGCUCAGGGUCCCCAUUAGCGAGCAAUGUGGACGAGGAGAGCAGCAGGUUCAACGUCAGCACCGUCGCUUUGGUCCCAGCUGUGGAGCCCUGCGUGACAAACCCAUGUCUGCAUGGAGGCAAGUGUCUUCCUCAGGGAACGGGCUACAGCUGCUACUGCCCACAAGGGUACGCGGGGGAGAACUGUGAGAUUGACGUCGACGACUGCCAGUCGGAGCCGUGCGAAAAUGGAGGCACUUGCAUCGACAAGAUUGAUUCUUUCCUUUGUCUUUGCCUGCCCAGCUAUGGAGGAGACACAUGUGAGAAAGACAUAGAAGGCUGCGAACACGGCUGGAGGAAGUUUCAUGGACACUGCUACAGGUACUUCACCCACAGACACACGUGGGAAGAUGCAGAGAAAGACUGCAGAGAGCACAGUGCCCACCUGAGCAGCGUUACUUCGGCAAAUGAGCAAGAGUUUAUCAAUGGUCUCGGACAUGACAACGCCUGGAUUGGUCUGAAUGACCGCACGGUGGAAGAUGACUUUCAGUGGACUGAUAACAACGAACUAGUAUACGAGAACUGGCGGGAGAGCCAGCCAGACAACUUCUUUGCAGGAGGCGAGGACUGUGUUGUGACCAUUGCUCAUGAGGAUGGCAAAUGGAAUGACGUGCCCUGCAACUAUAAUCUGCCCUACAUCUGCAAGAAGGGAACAGUGCUGUGUGGGACCCCACCUGCUGUAGAAAACGCCCACCUGGUAGGUCGGCGGAGGUCGCACUACGACAUCCACGCUGUGGUGCGCUACCAGUGCUCGGAGGGCUUCUAUCAACGCCACAUUCCUACCGCACGCUGCCGGGCGGACGGCAGCUGGGAGCGACCCAGGAUCAUAUGCGCUAAGUCACGGCGUUCCCACCGAUACAGACGCCAUCAUCGCAAGGAGCGUCGCGAACAUCGCGGCCACCGGAGACACGGCGAGGGCCACAAAACCAGAGAGGACGCGCGCAGCUACGACUGAACCAAAUAACACGCCGCCUGCAGUCAAGGUGCUACUGUGGCUCCGGUUUACGCAAAAGCAAAACACGGCGAUUCCCUUGCUCUGCUUCUAACUGCUUUAGAUGACAUAAGGCUUGAUUACUAGUCAAAUUUGACGCUUUUUUUUUUUUUUUUUAAAUAAAUCUCAAACUCAUAUCCUUUAACUACGGUCCAAGGCGAACACUAACUGUAACACUAGACUUCACGCUCCCUAACUUUAACCCGUACAGAUGAUGUGUCCGCGAUGAACUCGAUUAGGUCAGACUGGCAGCGGAUCGCGCGCGCGUGUGUGUGUGUGUGCAUGAAAGAGAGGAAUAUUCCGUUUUUGUGUGCGUAAUGUGAAAAUGACUCAUCUAGUAUUCUGUUACAAAGCACAGAUGUCAUUGAUGCAAGAUAGCAAGGUGACCCUCGGCUUUUUUUGUACGCGCUGCGGUAUGGGGCGCCGUUUGUAAAGCAGCACAUACUCAAAAUUACGACAACAUUUUCUCACAUUUAGCGCCACACAGUGUUUAAAAUGGUGUGAAAUUUUUUGAGUCAUUUUUUUUUUUUUUUUUUUGCACAUUUACAACAUUAUUUAGCAACUUAAAUAUUUAUUUUUAAAUAAGUUUUGGACCUGAUUGUUUAAAACCAGAACUAAAUAUUUAAUUAAACUUAUAUCCUAUAUCCUAAAUGUUAAAUCAGGAAAUGGUCGGAACUAAAUAUUUAGCUUAAUAUGCAAAUUCACAUGACUGGAGACCGGAAGUAACAAAAUAAAAGCUGGAGCACACAAAAUACUCUUUAAAUAGUUUCUCCUAAAUAUGUAUUUUACCUAUAUAUUGUUAUUAUCACAAUGACUCAUGUCCAAGAGCAGACUGCCACCGUUGAGUAGGUUUUAUUCAUUUUCAAGCAACGUAAAUAAGUUUUAUUUUGUUACUUCCGGUCUCCGGUCAUGUGAAUUUGCAUAUUAAGCUAAAUAUUUAGUUCCAACCGUUUCCAGAUUUAGCAUUUAGGAUAUAGGAUAACAAUGUAAGAUUUAAAUGAAAUAUUUAGUUCUGGAUUUAAACAAUUAGGUCCAAAACUUCUUAUUUAAAAAUAAAUAUUUAAGUUGCUAAAUAAUGUUGUAAAUGUGAAAAAAAAAAGUGACUCUAAAAAUUUCACACCACGUUUUAAACAUUGUCUGGUGCUAAAUGUGAGAAAAUGUUGUCGUAAUUUUGAGCAUGUGCUGCUUUACAAACGGCGCCCCAUACCGCAGUAGUUACUUUAUCCCACAAGCACACACUUUGCCGAUUUAUUCUACUUACAUGCUUUUUUUCUAAUAUCUAUUCCAUUCCGUGUCAUGUUUUAUUUAUUACUUUUGCUAGUGAAGAUGCGCUUUGUUAUUUUGUACUUCUUUGGUGUAACGUUGAUUUUUUUCUAACCCGGUAUUAAAUACACUCGGUCAGUAAUUAAAAUGAAUUGAUUUGUCUCUAUUCUGAGUAUUGUACAUAUCGUGGUGUUUCCUGGCUGAUGUUUAAUCAAUAGCUGGACGUUGUCCAAUCAGAUAAUGCGCCUCAGUGAGUGGCAUUGACAACUUGAUUGAUAUCGUGAAUGAGGUGAUUUGACACCGCUCACUCAUGCCUAAAUUGCUUAAAACUCCCUUCAAUCACUGCAUGGCUACUUUUAUUCAAUGGCUAGAAUGUGGAGAUUUGUUCGGGGGU